GCCUGCAAUGGGGCUGCUGUCUCUGCAGCUAGGCAAACAGCUCCUGCUUCUCUAAGACCUGGACCCUGCUCAGGCCAGAGAGGACUCUCAGAUUCUUUGGACUUCCUUUUUUAAAUUAUUGAACUCUUCCUUCUUUUCCCUCAAGAUGACAAACAGUUCACUGUUCUGUCCAGUUUACAGAGAUCUGGAACCAUUCACCUACUUCUUUUAUUUAGUUUUCCUUGUUGGAAUUAUUGGAAGUUGUUUUGCAACCUGGGCCUUUCUGCAGAAAACCACAAAUCCCCGGUGUGUGAGCAUAUACCUAAUCAAUUUGCUUACAGCCGAUUUCCUGCUCACUUUGGCACUGCCAGUGAAAAUCAUUGUAGACUUGGGCGUGGCACCCUGGAAGCUGAGGAUAUUCCACUGCCAAGUAACAGCCUGCCUCAUCUACAUCAAUAUGUACCUGUCAAUUAUCUUCUUGGCGUUUGUCAGUAUUGAUCGCUGUCUUCAGUUGAUACACAGUUCCAAGAUUUACCGAAUACAAGAACCCGGGUUUGCCAAAAUGAUAUCAACUGUGGUGUGGCUCAUGGUCCUUCUUAUAAUGGUGCCGAACAUGCUGAUUCCCAUCGAGGACAUUGAGGAAAAGGCAAGCGUAGGUUGCAUGGAAUUUAAAAAAGAGUUUGGAAGAAACUGGCAUUUGCUGACAAAUUUCCUAUGUGUGGCAAUAUUUUUAAAUUUCUCGGCCAUCAUUUUAAUAUCCAACUUCCUUGCAAUCAGACAACUCUACAGAAACAAAGACAAUGAAAACUACCCAAAUGUGAAAAGGGCUCUUGUCAACAUACUUUUAGUGACAACUGGUUACAUCAUAUGUUUUGUUCCUUACCACGCUGUACGGAUCCCUUACACCCUGAGCCAGACUGAAGUCAUAUCUGACUGCCCAACCAGAAUCUCACUCUUCAAAGCCAAAGAGGCCACACUACUCCUGGCUGUAUCAAAUCUGUGUUUUGACCCAAUCCUGUACUAUCAUCUCUCAAAAGCAUUCCGCUUGAAGGUCUCUGAGACUUUUGCCUCAUCUAAGGAGACUAAGACUCAGAAAGGAAAAACAAGGUGUGGAAAUGGUGUGGAAAAUAUAGAAUUUUUUCAUCUUACCCCAUCUUCCCUCUCUAUACCGUAAGGUUAGUCAUAAU